CUCAGAACCGAACUACAAAAAAUGGAGUCGGCUCUUCCGUCUUCUUGUUCUCCGUUUCAAUCUUAUGGGGUUUCUUGAUGGCACCACCGUAGCCUCCUCCACUGACGACGUAGAAUGGUACCAAUUUGAUGCUCUCCUUCAAGGGUGGAUUCUAUCAACAGUCUCAGAUGAAGUCUCGGAUCUCGUCCUCGCCAAUAACCCGUCUGCUCAUGCCUUGUGGAAGGCAAUCUACAAACUCUUUCAUGACAAUAAACAUGCCCGAGCGAUGCAGUUGGAGCACCGGUUUCGCACAACAGUCAAAGGAAAUCGGUCCAUCAAGGAAUAUUGUCAUCGCCUCAAAAAUCUAGCGGACUAUCUCGACGACGUGGAUGCUCCGGUGACUGAACACGCCCUUGUUCUCCAGGUCCUCCAAGGCUUGUCCCAAGACAUCCGAGGCCAGGUGCAUUUUUUGCAAUAUCAGAACCCGUUCCCAUCAUUCCUGGAGGUUCGUUUGGCGCUUCUCCUGGUGGAACAACAACAGGCCGACACCUUUUCCGGCGCCGGCUCGUCUACUGCACUCAUUAGCACCGGCAGCGGCAGUAGCCAACCGGCCGGCAGUGGCCAUCCGCGGCAGACAGGCGGCGGUGGCAUGCAGGGCGCUGGACGGGCCCCUAUGGCAGUCAAAACCAGGGCGGCAACAGCGGGUAUCGUGGACGCGGACGUGGACGUGGAUCAAACCAACGACAACCUAUCGGCCCAAACCCGUGGCAGUUCACCACCCCCUCACCCGGCAUCUUGGGCCCACGGCCCACAUACAACCCAAACCCGCACCCAGCCCAGGCCCAUUAUACCCAAUACCCGAACCCAUCACCCUACUCCUAUUACCCACCCGCACCACCCAGCCCAAACCCAUACCCACCCAGCUACCCGCAAACCACCCAGCCCUACUACCCGCAACCCACAACACCCUCCCACCCAUACCCAGCCCCAUACCCGACACCCACCUCACCCACCGCCCUUGCCCAUGGGCUUGAAACCCUCACCCUAAACCCGCACCCUACUUGGCUCAUGGACACCGGCGCCUCUCACCAUAUUACCGGCGACCCAAGUACUUUAUCUCAUGUAUUUUCUUCAAACAUUUAUUCACCUUCUCAUAUUAUUGUAGGCAAUGGAUCUAAAGUUAGCACCACCGGUUCUGGCAACGGUUUUCUCAAAACCACUCCCCCCCUCUCCCUUAAUAAUGUCUUAGUCUCACC